AUGGUGUUAUCCUUCAAGUGUCUCCUUUUUCAGGUGGCUGCUCGUGGUUUGGAUAUUCCGAAUGUGCGUGCGGUCGUCAACGUCGGGCUCCCGAUGGAGGUGGACGACUAUGUGCAUCGGAUAGGUCGCACUGGUAGGAUGGGUCAUUCCGGAGAAGCAAUCACCGUGGUCAGCGAUGAACUGUUAGCACGUUCGUCCCGAUCCGUUGCCCAUGGUAUCCUGCAACUCGUUCAGCGUUCCACCGGUUUAGUGAAUGUACCUGAUUGUCUGCUACGCGUAGCACGAUGGGAUCCAUCGCGGACAGACAAUCCAGAACCCCUGGACGAAGAUACGCGGUCUCGUCCAAGACAAAAGCCGGGUUUUCUCUCGCAGUCUUAUCGAUCCCGUGACGCUGGAAAAAAACAGUCUUUCUAUAAAAAACUUUCUUAUGGGAAAUCAGAUGGACUGAAAUACUGA